AUGACUGUAAUAGGCAACGUCCUCUCGGCAGACUCGCUGGCCAGCGUCAUGGCAUCCACGCUGCCUGAAGACAGCACNCCCCACAUCAAGACUCCCUUCGAUGCCAUUGCUCUAGCAAGCCACACAUCCAUGCUAGCUGUAGGCUUCCGUCUGGUGGGGCUCGGCGAUGACGACCGCAUUGCAGUCGACAACCCUCCUCGUCUACCCGCCAGCUGGAAUGCAAACGCUCCCAACUACGCCUUCCGUUAUGCCCACACCCAGUCAUCCAUGGAAUACCUGCUGAAGGUCAACCGUAUGGGCAACAAGGCCGUCGUCUUGGCCAUGGGUCUUGGUGACGACAAGACGGCUACGCUAGACGUCAAGGCUGCAGACUACACCUCCGAAGGUUCCAUGCCCUUCACCCUAUCACAGCCUCACGCCAGGAACCUCUUCAACCUUUUCAUAUCCAACGGCCGUCUCUCCGACUAUGGCUCCCUCAUGCGCAUCAACAUCAUCCAGAAGCUCAUGCCUUCACUUCAGAAAGAAGGCUACCAAGAGUCCGCCGCUCAAACCUCAAGACAGCCCACCAGGGAUCCCGGCACUGCUCGUAAUGACCCUCUGCGUGACGAUCGUCAACCNCCAGCUCGUCCUCAGCCCUUCCACGAUCCUCUUGCUCAGCCUCCACCUUCAUUCCCACACGGAGAACUAGCGCCUCCAGGCUUCGAAGAUCCGUACGACUUGAAUAGACCGCUUCGUCCCAUGGGCGGUCCCCAUCCAGGCUUUGGCAACAUUGGCGAAAGAGAUCUCUACCCUGCAGGUCUUGGUCCAAGGGAUCCCUUCGGAAGCCCUGGGUUCGGCGGCGGUGGCAUGCACCCAACUCUACCUGACUUCCACGAUCCAAGAGGUCGUGGCUACAACCCUCAAGCACCUCCAGGAAGUCGAUUCGAUCCAGUCGGUCCUCGAGGUCCAUCGGGCUUUGGAGGUCCACCAAACCCCUUCAACAACUUCGGUAGUGGAGACUUCAUGUGA